AUGGAAGUACAGGAAGACAUACGUGAUCUCAUUGACCAUAUCCAGCUACUGCAGCAAAAUGCGGGGCCUAUGGAGCGUCAGAUUAUUCGAAGAACCACAGAAAUACUAGAGCUUUGUGCAGCGGUCCAGCCUCAGGCUCGCAUUGUAGAUGUGCUCCGUGUCGAGAUCGGCCAGCAGAAGUGUUGGGUCAAGGACUACCUAAAGCAACAGAGAGCCUGGCAAGAAAUCACGUUCCUUCUUGAUGGGCUCACAAAUGCCUCAGAAGAUCAUGAAGCACUCCUCCUGAGAUACUGCCAAGAGACCUUAGAGGGGGCUAGGGCCAUAGCUUUCGGGCUAGGUAUCUCCUUAUCACCCCAAGCGUGGAAAGUCAGGCAUCAUAAGAAGCCUGUGGCUUGUGCAAACGGACGACGCAAUACCAAUGGCAAGGAUAUCGAUUCUGCUCCAGGAACAACAAUCCUUCCCAUAGACCGUUCUUAG